GGGGCGUGCGCGGGCGCACGCUGCGACGCGGCGUGCCAAGUCUCGGGCUGGAACCAGGGGACAGGCUGGAACCCAGCGUGGAUUUAGCCGACGUGGCGGAUUUCACAGCGACCAAGAUCCCAUUUAUCGCCCGCUUUUGGAGGGUCCACACGCAUGGCAGUAUGGUGACGGACAGUGUGAACCAUCGGAACCCGCUAUUCGACAUGAACCUCCAUGUGUCGCCGUCAACGUCUUUUGCGUUGGACGUUCUACACAUCCUAUACCUCGGUGUGCACCAGCGCGCCAUGUCUCUGCGUAUCUGGAGGGUGCUUCGAGCCAACCCCUGGCGAAUCAGUGGCGGCUGGGAGGUGGUGUUUGACGUGGGGCUCCAGCGCCUGAUGGACGACUUGAACAUGUGGUACGACAGCAAGGAAGUGCCGACGGGCGACCGCAUCACCGACCUUACCAAAGGGAUGAUUGGGAAGGAACAUGCGCCAGAUCUGAAGACCAUGGGCUGCGAGACGCAUACAAUACUUCCCUGGGCGCUAUGCCUCGGGCAGAAGCAUAGCCUGUUGAUCGAGAGGUCCGAGGAGAUCAUUCGGGCCCUUUCGUCAUUGAUUGAACACGUGGAUUUGCUGAAGGCCUGCCCCAUCACUCCCUCGGUUGAAUAUUGCCAAAGGUUGUUGGACUCGUGCUUGUCUCAUGUGGUUGCAAUCAGGGCCUCGGGGCUGGGCCUGACGCCCAAGCAUCACAUAUGGGUGCACCUCGUUCGGCGAGCGAGGAAAUGUGCCCCCCCCAUGGUGGCGGCCACGUUUCUAGACGAGUCGCUCAACCUCGGAGCGGCCAAUGCCGCAGCAGCCAGCCACAGGACCAACUGGGAGGUUCGGUACUUCGACCGCUUGGCGUUGGCUGGGGACCUCGCAGCCAAGAUUCCGAACCAGAUCUCCGACAUCCUGAUCGCGCGGGCCGUGAUUAACCUGAUCAUGGGAUUUCGAUCUACUUAUUCCAAGCGCAUCAG